GCUCGCGAUUUCACAGGAUCUAACUUUACUUAAAAAUCUCCUAUAUAAACCCCCGCGCACAUAGCUCAUUAUGCACAUAGACCUCUUUCAGUAUCAAAUUAGCUCUAAAAACUCGAAAGCUUCCGAACAGUCAAGAGACUUAACCAAAAUGGCUACCGCUGUGCAAGAAAAUCUUCCUCCAGUUCUGGACUCUAAGGCCGAGCAGCCACCUCUCUUUGAUGGAACUAUCAGGCUGUAUACUUGUUACACGUGUCCAUUUGCUCAACGAGUGUGGAUCACCAGAAACUAUAAGGGAUUACAAGACAAGAUUAAGUUAGUUCCAUUAAACCUUCAAGACAGGCCUGCUUGGUAUGCAGAGAAAGUUUACCAUGUUAACAAGGUUCCAGCACUGGAGCACAACGGCAAAAUCAUUGGAGAGAGUAUUGACUUGAUUAAAUAUGUUGACAGCAACUUUGAAGGACCUUCUCUUUUCCCUGAUGAUCCUGAAAAAAAGAAGUUUGGUGAAGAAUUGUUAUCCUACACUGAUACAUUCAACAGGGAUGUGUAUACUUCAUUCAAAGGAGACCCUGUAAAACAAGCUGGUGCCGCUUUCGAUUACUUGGAAAAUGCUCUUAAGAAAUUUGAUGAUGGCCCAUUCUUCCUUGGUCAGUUUAGUUUGGCGGACAUAGCCUAUAUUCCAUUUGUUGAAAGGUUCCAGAUCUUCUUAUCAGAAGUAUACAAGUAUGACAUUACAGAGGGUAGGCCAAAACUAGCAUCAUGGAUCGAGGAGCUGAACAAGAUUGAUGCCUUCAAGCAGACAAAAACAGAUCCAAAAGAGCUGGUGGAAUUUUACAAGAAGCACUUCCAGGCCCAACAGUAAUUUGCCACCAGUUAGACUAUGCUAAAUAAGUUGGUGUGUUAUGAGUUUCUUAUAAUAAAAGCUAUUUAUGCCAUAGAUAAUGUGCGAAUGUCAGCGAUGUGUUGAAUUUGAAUUUGUUUCUUCAGUUUGUAUGUUAUGCUUACAUAAAUAAAAUUGAACUCUCUUAUUGUGUUCAUCUUUUA